AUGAUUUGGCAGGAAAAGUGCAGAAGUAUUAUCAUGCUCUGCAAUAUCACUGAAGGUGGAAAGCCUAAAUGUGAACAGUACUGGCCACUCACUGCCGAAUCACCCGUGAGUUGUUCUUUACAAUCGCAUAGGUUCCCAUACAAGGAUGAGGAUUGGAACGAGGAGAAAUAUUGGCCCGAUCGGGGUGUUCCUAGAACGACAACGUUGGCGAUCUUCCGGAUUCUACGUAGAGUGAAUCGGCUUACGCCAUGCGUCGUUCAUUGCUCGGCAGGUAUCGGACGCACAGGAACUGUCGUUGGAAUCGACAUGGUCUAUCGAAGGUUGGAACUGAUCACCGAAUUGCGAGAAAUGAGACAUGGAGCUGUACAAAUGGAUUGUCAAUAUGUUUAUAUGCACCGAAUUCUACUGGUUGUCGCAGAGAACCUAAAGGUGCAUUCUAUACUUACUUGUUUCUUACGACUGUAA